AGAGACGAAAACGUGACUAGGCACCCAAAGCGUCCUGUUAUGCAACGAGUGACCUACUAACAUACAUUUGGAGACAGGCAGGCAGAAGCGAGGGAAGGAGGGAGGGAGCACUCAGGAGCAGUUCAACAACAUAACACGAGGAACCAAAAUACAGAGAGGCCACUGAGACCCAUGCCCGCAUUCAAGCCGAGAGCAGAGCGAGCUGAGCGCUGAAGCCGGAGCCCUUAUCAAACCCCCCGAGCGCGAUAAACGAGCGACGGACGAGCGCUCAUUUGGAUACUAGCGUGGAAGCGCCAACGCCUUUUAUCGUACAGCCAGCUGGAGGUUCAGAGAGAGGCUGCACCCCUCCCCAAGAGGCUGACAAGCUGAGACAGACUGAGUGACCUACAUCCUGCAAUACGCCUGGAGCACUGGGCACAUCUUUGACAGCUUGACACAACCCUGUUGAAAAAGGAAAAAAAACUGAAAACAAACAAAGAGAAGGGGUCAGGAAGGCUCUAAGCUAAACGUGUCACAUUCUCCAGACAUCAAGAAUUUUUCUUCUUCCACUCCAUUUGGCUUUGUCCCACUUGCUCUGUGCUAAAAUUACUGUUUGCCAGGCGUGCUUACCCUUAGCGUAGUGCUUAGGAGGGUGGAACAUUGUUCACACUGAGGCCCUCAAACAUUACUUAAAUGCAGGAAACUGUCACAGAGACUCAUCUCUUCUUGAUCUUUUUAGCCAAUCUGGACACUUGAAACAGCAAGGACAUUACAGCAGCAAGGAACAUCAACAAAAUCAAUGAGGUUCACCUCCCCUGGAGCUGAAACACCUCAUAAAGUUUUUGCUGAACCAGCUACAUAGUCAUUCUCAAGGCUAAUAGAAGGAGGAGGAUCUUACCAUCAUUCUGUUGAGCACCUUUCCCCUUCACCCCAAUCCCUCAAAUUCCUAUCACUAAGAGUUUCUAGUGGUAGCAGCAAGCUUCCAAACUGGAUCCCAGCAAGGGACAAUGGAAAUCUUAAACUCGCAAAUCCCAGCAAAUUCUAGUGCAGACAAAACGUUAGACAACCUUGAUAACUUCUCUGACUACAACAACAGUGUUCCUUCACCCAAGGACAACCCUCGCCUGGGCCGCAUUUUAAAAUCCAAACCAAAUAUGACCUGCCGGCGCAAGCGUGAGUUUAUCUCUGAUGAGAAAAAGGAUGCCUCUUACUGGGAGAAGCGUCGCAAGAACAACGAGGCAGCCAAGCGUUCUCGGGAAAAGCGACGACUCAAUGACAUGGUCCUGGAGAACAGAGUUAUUGCACUGAAUGAUGAAAAUGUACGUCUAAAAACAGAACUUCUGCAGCUGAAACUCCGGUUUGGCCUCAUUAGUGCAGCCUCGUACAUGGAGAAAAGUCAACAGAUUGGAGGAACAGUCAGUGGAGCGUCUAAUGCCUCUUCGGCUUCUUCCAGUCAUUUCUAUCCUAGUGGCUACUCCAGUGGCUCUCAAGUGAUGAUGAACUCUGAUUCUUCAGAGGCUGAGCAGUCUGGCCGAGGGGAAGGUCGUGCCCAGUUAGUUAAGUACUCUCCUCGAGGUUCUCUUUCAGAUAUGUCUGAUGGCUCUUCCCGCGACAGUCCAGAGCCAAUGAGCUAUGACAUCAAGCAGGAAGGGGUAGGGCUGGAGAUGGAAAUUGCAAAUGGCACAACCACACAAGUCAUGUUUAGUGUCCACCGUGAGUUGCCCACAACGCAUCACCAACAUACCUUUCAGUCAGGAUAUAACAACCAUCAACAGCAGCGACGGCAUCAGGAGACAAUAAUCAGUGCUGUUGCACCUUCUGUGCAGACUGCUCAGAGAAGCGUCAUCCUGUAUCGCUCCAGCAGUAUUUCAUAUCCUGUAGAGAGUUCAAGACCUGAAAUGACUCAACAGAAAUUGCAGCAGAACCUGACCCAGGCAACAGAGGGGCCCACUGGAAGCACUGAAAGUCUAGCAGAGGUGACGAAACAGCUCGAGAGGAAGACUUUGGACUCUCCACCAUAUGAGUACACGGAUGGAGAAGCAGAAAGGCAAGCAUUCAAGGUCCAACAUCAGCAACUAGCCCUGGAUACUCAGAAAGGUGAUGGUAUGGCACCAGAUCUUCUCCGCAGGCAAGAGGAGGGUGAAGAGAUACAGCUGUACCAUCCCUCUUUUCACAGUCCACAUGAUGAAGAGCCUCCAGUGCUGACCUACGAAGGAGGUCCCAGGAUUGAAAGGUACUAUCAGGGUCACUCGGGAAAGGAUACCUCUUCGAGUGAUGGUGAUCCCCGCAGCUCUGACAAAGACGCCUCCACUGAUGAUGAAUGCCUGUCUUCAUCUAGUUCUGACACAGGUAGCUACCACCAGCAAUCCCCUCUGGAGGGAGGGCCAAACUCCUCCCCGCAAAGCCAAAGCAGAGACAGCCAAGCAGAGGUCAAAGGCACAGCGCUACCACACAAACUGCGCCUCAAACACAGAGCCCUGAGUAAUGGUGGAGCAUCAAGUCAAGAAUCAUCCACUACUCACCAAUUACCUCAGCACCCUUACCUGGCCUUGCCUCAGACCAGCCAGCAGCUUCAAAGUGGUAAAGAGCGGGAAGGUCAGCCAGAUGUAGGGUUCUGCAAGCAGGCUGGUUCAACAGAUGAAAAAAGGAUGGACUGUGGGAAGAAAGAACCCAGUGUACGCAAUAGUAGGAAUAAGAGGCAUGACUAAGAGUGAGGGACACUGUUGUAGGACAUUCUUUCACAGUGUUUGGGUUUACUCCAAUGCCUUGAGAGACUAUGUCAGCUACCAUUUUCCUGAUUUCAAGUCACUGGCAGUAUCCUUUAGCCUCUUCCCACCUCCAGUGGGAACCAGAGACACGGACAUGGAAAUGUCAGUACCAAAAGGAGGGCAGAACGUCUGUGUGCACUGUAUCAUAUCGUAAAGACUGCUCUCUUUCCACAUCUCCUCUGAUAACAGAUGAGGAAAGAUUGAUCUGUUUGCAUUUUUCCCAUAUAACAUGAUGUCAAUGUAACAACAAACAUGGCAAUAUCAACCAUCUGCGAGUCAUUGUAACUUGCUCACUAAUUGUAAAUAUAGAACUUCUACGUGCCCCUAAUGAUUUGUGUUCAUAUUCACAUCAAAUCAGAGGGUGGCUGCUCAUCACAAAAACAUACCAAACAUCUAAGCAUUCUGGGAGAAUUCCCUUGACCAAAGAAAGACAAUGGCUUUAAAUUCCAUACCUCUACUCAUUACUGUCUUCUCAUCUUCCCUUUUCCUGUUCGCCCAAACAUACUCACAACCCCAACCACUGCUUUCUUUUGUCCAAGAACUUGGUUUGUAUAUUACUGUGAUAUAAAUAUUGCAUAUAAAUAUAUAUUUUAAGAAGAAAACAAAAACAUUGUUGAAAAAAAGAAGAGUGUAAAAAAGGCAGAGAGGAUUCAGACGGUUCAGCGGUUUGUCAUCAUCAUCAAUACUGUACAGUAUCAUUGCGUUUACUCUUUGAGACGCCACUUAAAGUAAUUGAUAUUUUCUUUGUUUUUUAUCGUUACUUUGAAAGUUCUCUCUUUUUUCAGCAGCUUACCUUUUUUUAAGAAAAUCAAAAUGCCCCAAAUCCUCGAAAAAACAAAGCUGGCCUAUGUUCAAUUUCAAGAUUAAUGCUGUUACAGGCUAUAGUGUAGUUCCCUUCCGUGUUUAUAAGGGUAUGUUCUCCUAUGGUAAAGCAUGCCCAUUAAUCCAAAAUGCACUAAUCUUGCAAAAUACACAAGAUUAUAAAAAAGAAAAACUGUAUUUAAUAUGUCCAACCACAAGUUAUAGUAACGACAAUACAAACUUAAAGAUAUUAACAAGAAAAACUAAAAUCUUGCUCUCUCAAGCUUUGGUUCAUUUGAAUGGUACACUACUUACAUCAGCAGGAGGAAGCUUUUGUUUGCAACCAUGUAUUUGACCCACUGCCCUUGAAACCUUCAGUUAAGCCUUUGAGCUAGCUGAGGUUGCAUUUUCACAGAAUCUGCAGGGAUGUCUUCCCUGCUUAUGGCCCUACAUGUUUCACUGUGCAUCAGAGUGAAUAAGCAAGAUCCAGUACAAAUGUUAUUAAAAAGGACAAUCUAAAUUAUUUCAAAGACAAAAAACUGCUGUGUGUCUCGUGUAGAGUCCUUUUUUUCUCCAUUUUUAAGUCAAGUCUACAUGUCAUGUCUGACAUAUGGCACUUAUGUAUAAAUGUAAAGUUUCUCUUACCCUGGACAACACUGUAUUCUGUGCUUUUAUAAAGUUUUUUUUAUUAUUAUAUUUGAUUUUUUUGGGCAAAGUGUUGUCCUGUUUUCCUUUUCUCUUGUUUACCGUGGUAUGUAUUGGCACCCCACUCCCACCCCCUUCCCCUUUUAAACCCUUCCUUCCUUGUUCUUUCAAUGUGUAUUAAACCAGUGAUGUUUGUGUUUUUUGCUGAUGGUUUCAUGAAAAUGAAAAAAAAAUAAAUGAAGAAAGACUUGUGUGUAGUUACAGAGCAGACCGUGGCCCUGCUGUCGCUGUCUCUGUUUUGAAAUGGAUAUGUGAUGUAAAAACACUAAAAUUCAUCAAAGAGGAUGGGUGCAUUUCAAAAAUGAAAAAAAAAAUAAAAAGGAUGUUGCUUUUCUGAA